AUGGCUCAGAUAUGUGAUAUGGCUCAGGCUUCUGCUUGGUUACCUCUCGUUAGAGCCUCAGCGAUUGGAUGGGUACCGAUCGCUCAACAUCGUCUUCCGAAAAAUGUGUGCACAAAGGAUGAUUCAAAUCAAGAUAUUUAUGAGAAGAAGGCAAUUAUUAAUGUAAGCGGUCAGAGAUUUGAAGUACUUACAAGCAGUUUGAAUCAGUAUCCGCAUACUUUGCUUGGAUCAGAUGAGCGUGAUUACUUUUAUGAUGAGAAUAGUGGCGAAUAUUACUUUGAUAGAGACCCUGAAAUAUUUCGACAUAUAUUGACUUAUUAUCGUUGUGGGCACCUUCAUUAUCCUAAGAAAGAAUGUGUCAUGCAGUAUGAAGAUGAACUUGCUUACUUUCGAAUAGCAUCAGAAGCUCUAGGUGAUUGCUGCUACGAAGAUUACCAUGACAGUAAACGUGAAAAUUCAGAGCGUCUUCUGGAGAAAGAUCCUCAACCAAAGAGAAUGCUGAAGUGCCAAAGGAUUUUCGUAACAGACUUUGGCAGGCCUUCGAAAACCCAGAGUUUUCUACUACUGCGAUUGUCAUUUACUACGUAA